CCGAUCUGCCUCGGCUGUCUCCCAUCUGCGGCCUGUCUCCAUCGCUCCUUUCUGCCACGCCUGCUUCAACCGAAACGAUGGCAGAAUCAACCCUGAUCCAGGAGGACCUCGCUCGCUUCGACCUGCUCACCAUCCUGAUCACAAAUGACGCCUUCAUUCACACUGCGAGUCCACCCUUGCUCACCAAGCUUCUGAGAGUCUCGAAGCAGACUCGGGCCAUCCUCGAUACCGACAAAAUAUGGGUGCAGGUAUCGCUUGCCGACUUGCAAAUCACACCUGAAUUCCUGUUCGACGGUGUCGAUCCCUCCAUCGAUCGGUUAAAAGUGGCCCAAGGGCUCCUCUGCUAUGCACUUCGCCAGAAUCAGCACAAGCCAACCAACUCAUCGAUGCUGGAGAAGGAGAACGAGUUCUGGUCCGAAGUCUAUCGAGACGAACAGCUGUUUAGCCGAGUGCAACGCUUCUGUCAAGUGACCGAUCCAGAGUUCCGCUUUCCUGAGGACGCAAGACCAAACAGUUCCAAGCAGCCAUCCGUCGAGGAGAUGAUCACCAUCGCUGAGAGUCAAAAUUUUCGCUCCCAGUGGCCAAUAGUGGUCGAAGGAGCGUACAGUGUCACCAUUCGACCCAACCAGAGCAGAGACAGAAACACCUAUGUUUCCAGGCUUUUGCCAUUCGACAUCCCAUGGAUCGACGGCGCAAACAAACGGGAGCUGAUAAUCGAGGAUGUGUCAUUUCUGGAAGUGUCUGGAUGGCCCAAGACACUCUCCGAUAUUUCAAAUCUGGCGAUCGAGCAUAGAGACUGGAAUCAAGUGGCUGGUUCGCUGAUCAGCUUGGAAGGCAUGCCGAGGGUCCUGCCCAUGCUUACAAGGCUCGAUAUGAAUAGAUGCAGUGAGCUGGCAUCACUCAAGGGAAUGCCUGAGAUGCCCAAGUUGAAGUCACUUCAGCUUCCCGAGUCCAUCAAGUCCCUUGAAGGCACGCCGAAGGAGUUGUCCAUGCUUACGAGGCUCGAUCUGAGUGAAUGCAGUGAACUCAAAUCGCUCAAGGGAAUGCCUGAGAUGCCAAAGCUGGAGAAACUUUGGCUCCCCAAGUCCAUUGAGUCCCUUGAAGGCAUGCCAAAGGAGCUGCCCAUGCUAGCACAGCUCGACCUGUGGAGGUACAGUGAACUCAAGUCGCUCAAAGGACUGCCCGAGAUGCCGAAUUUGAAGAAACUUGAACUCCCCAAGUCCAUCGAGUCCCUUGAAGAUGUCCCUAAGAAGGUGCUGCCAAUGCUCACACUGCUCGACCUGCGUGAAUGCAGUGAGCUCAAGUCGCUCAAGGGAAUGCCUGAGAUGCCAAAGUUGGAGAAACUUUGGCUCCCCAAGUCCAUCGAAUCCCUUGAAGACAUGCCGAACGAGCUGCCCAUGCUUGAAAGGCUCAGCUUGAAAGAAUGUAACCAAUUGAAAUCGCUCGAGGAAAUAUCCGAGAUGCCACAUCUGAAAGCGCUUGUGCUCCCCAAGUCCAUUGAGUCCUUGGAAGGCAUGCCAAACGAGCUGCCUCGCCUGACAUGGUUCGACCUGAGUGAAUGCAGUGAACUCAAGUCGCUCAAGGGAAUGCCUGAGAUGCCAAAGUUGGUGACGCUAAAGCUCCCCAAGUCCGCCGAGUCCCUUGGAGGCUUGCCGAGGGAACUGCCUUCGCUAAAGCUCCUCACAUCCCCAUGAUCUAUUGGACUCGCGUCUCUUGGUUGGCCGUCAGCGGUGCCGAUGUUGCUUGAGCUCGACAUUCCAACCGGCAUUGAGGCCCUCGUCGAUGUUCCCGAGGAGCCUCCGUCCUCACCAAGCUCACAAUCUCCUCGCGCAAACCCCACACCAUUGAGCCAACUCCCAAGGAUGCCAAAGCUCAAUCAUCUCGUCCUCUCAAGUCAAUUUGUGAGCCUGGCCGAUCUGCAUGUAAAUCAA